AUGUCGGUGGGAGGCAUUGGACGAGUUUGUGUGAGAUCAGAUAUUGAUGAGAAGACAACGACUAUGUUUACCCAACGAAGCUCUAGUAAAAGAGAAGGAGGAGGCACCAAAUCGAGGUUCACCGGAAAUUGCAGCACUUUCAGGCUGCCCAAAAGAUCAGAAUUGUCACCUAUGAAAUAUCUCAAACACGUUGGUCACAAGAUGGCGGCAGCUCUGCGAUUGGUGUCGAGGCGGAGGAGAGGGUCUCCAAAAGUUUCCUCCUCACAAAAGGCAAAGACAUGCGUUGCUCCAGUUGAUUCUCACAGGGCUGAAGCCAUAGAUGAUUGCAUUGAGUUCAUUAACUCAUCUUCUUCCUUGCAAAGAUCCAAUUCAGUUUCUUGUUAG